AAAGGCUGAGCCCGUGUUUUGAUGCCGUGGGGGACGAGGCGUUCGCGGAAGUCGCGCCGCCGGCUGGCUGCUCUCGGCCCUAGUGCGGCCCCCGCCCCGGCCCGGGCUGCAGAGCGCUGCCAGCGGCGGAGCCCCGAUUAUAUACUUCAGAAGUCCAAGAUGUCCAACUUGAGGAUAUUAUCACUGAGUCAAAAGAGAAUCUCCAACUUGCGCAUUAAUAAUGCUUGUUGCUGUGAAAUACCAGCAGGCCCACGAGGAUCAGGGCCUCCAGGGCCACUGCGGACAUGCUACAGCUCCCAAGCAGGUUUAGUUGGAAAUGACGUCAAGUCCCUUCACGCCAUCAUUAACCCUCCAGUGGCCAAAAUCCGUAAUAUUGGAAUCAUGGCUCAUAUCGAUGCAGGCAAAACCACCACCACGGAGAGGAUCCUGUACUACUCUGGGUACACACGGUCAUUGGGAGAUGUCGACGAUGGAGACACAGUGACGGAUUUCAUGGCCCAAGAGCGAGAAAGAGGCAUCACCAUUCAGUCCGCCGCUGUUACGUUUGACUGGAAGGGACAUCGAGUCAAUCUGAUCGAUACACCAGGUCAUGUGGACUUUACCUUGGAGGUGGAGCGCUGCCUGCGAGUGUUGGAUGGUGCAGUAGCUGUAUUUGAUGCUUCUGCUGGCGUAGAGGCACAAAGUCUUACAGUGUGGAGACAAGCUGAUAAGCACAGGGUGCCUCGGAUCUGCUUUCUGAACAAGAUGGACAAGACUGGAGCAAGUUUUAAGUACGCGGUUGGAAGCAUCAGGGAGAAGUUGAACGCACGGCCUUUGCUCUUACAGUUGCCUAUCGGUGAAGCCAAAACAUUCAGAGGCGUGGUGGACGUGGUAAGGAAAGAGAAGCUGCUUUGGAAUCCCAGUUCAGCUGACGGCAGAGACUUUGAGAGGAAACCCCUCUUGGAGACGAGUGACCCUGAAUUGCUGAGGGAGACGACGGCAGCAAGAAACGCCCUGAUCGAACAAGUUGCUGAUUUGGAUGAUGAAUUUGCUGGCUUGGUUUUAGGAGAAUUUAGUGAAGAUUUUGAUUUGCUACCAGCUGAAAAGCUCCAGACCGCCAUUCACAGAGUCACCCUGGCUCAGACGGCAGUGCCUGUGCUCUGUGGAAGCGCCCUGAGGAACAAAGGGAUCCAGCCUCUGGUCGACGCGGUCACCAUGUACUUGCCAUCACCAGAAGAGCGCAACUAUGAGUUUCUGCGGUGGUACGAGGGUGACCUGUGCGCUCUGGCCUUUAAAGUCCUGCACGACAAGCACCGAGGACCGCUGGUUCUCGUGCGCGUCUACUCGGGCACCCUGAAGCCCCAGUCGGCCGUCCAUAACAUCAGUGGAAACUGCACGGAGAGGAUCAGCCGUCUGCUCCUGCCCUUUGCCGACCAGCACAUAGAGAUCCCGGCGCUCACUGCCGGCAACAUUGCUCUGACUGUCGGGCUGAAGCAGACCGCCACUGGAGACACCAUUGUCUCCUCCAAGUCCAGUGCGCUAGCCGCAGCUCGACGGGCUGAGAGGGAGAGAGAAGGGCAGCACAGACCAGCCGGCGGGGCGGAGAGGCCUCUGUUGGCUGGGGUGGAGAUCCCAGAACCCGUGUUCUUCUGCACCAUAGAACCCCCGUCGGUGGCUAGACAGCCAGAUUUGGAUCACGCCUUGCAAUGCCUUCAGCGUGAGGACCCCAGUUUGAAAGUGAGACUAGACCCUGAGUCUGGACAGACCGUCCUGUGUGGCAUGGGGGAGUUACACAUCGAGAUCAUUCACGAUCGAAUCAGAAGGGAGUACGGCCUAGAGACCUUCCUCGGGCCCCUGCAGGUGGCCUACCGAGAGACCAUCGUGAGUGCAGCUCGGGCCACAGACACCUUAGAUAAAACUGUCGGGGACAGGAGGCACCUCGUGACCGUCGAGCUGGAAGCGCAGCCCGUGGGGACUUCGUCUGCGGCGCCGGUCGCCCGCUUCUCCGAGAGUGUCAGCAAAGAUCUCCUGAGGGCCUCCCAGGAGGCCAUUGAAAAUGGGCUUCACAGUGCUUGCCUCCAAGGACCGUUACUUGGCUCCCCAGUUCAGGAUGUGGCGAUCACCGUACAUUCACUGACCGUCCAUCCCGGCACCUCCACAACCAUGAUCUCAGCCUGCGUCUCGAGAUGUGUACAGAAGGCUCUGAAGAAAGCUGACAAGCAAAUUUUAGAGCCCCUGAUGAAGCUUGAGGUCACAGUGACUGGAGAUUACCUGAGUCCUGUUUUGGCCGACCUGGCACAGAGAAGAGGGAGCAUUCAGGAAAUCCAGACCCGGCAGGACAACAGAGUUGUCAUUGGAUUCGUUCCCCUGGCAGAAGUCAUGGGCUAUUCAACUGUGCUGCGGACGCUAACAUCUGGCUCAGCUUCGUUUGCCUUAGAACUGUCUAGUUACCAAGCCAUGAAUCCUCAAGACCAGAGUGCACUGCUCAGCCGGAAAAGUGGUGGGCUCUAAGGUUCCCAGUCCUUGCACCUGGAGAGAAACCGGGAGCACCUGCUACUCGGCUUUAUGCAAGAUGGAUCUGUAUUGCUAUUUUAGUACAAAGAAGAAAGACAAGAAGUGUGACAGCGUCGGAGAUGCCCAUCCUAGUCACAUAAUUCAGUCACACGAUUUUCAGGACUUCAAAGUUCCUUUCCCAUCAUAUAAUGUGAGCUACAGUUACACUGUGCGUGCGUGUGUGUGUCCCAAAGCACAUGUCAGAUUUUUAUAUGAAAUGAGUGAGAGUCAGUCAAUAAAGACACUUUAUUUUAAA